GCACGACUCCACCCCGCCUCUCCGCACUCGCCGUCGCUGCAAGACGUUCUUCCAUCUCUCCGUACCAUAGGACCACAGCAAGAGUAAGCAAGCCCUUUGAUAGCCACUCCACACUCUACAUCAAGCCAAAAGCUCAAAGCAAAGGUCAUUACAUAGCUUUCAAAGGAUGAGUAAAAUGGUUAAAAAACGUGGCAAAGGAUCUGUAGCUGAAAUUCAGGAAAAUAUAACUAAUAAGUUAUCGAGAAUGGACUCUAACAAUUUAGCCAAUUCAUCAGAAGAUUUGCAUGGUAAAGAACCAAUUGCUGAUGAGAAAAUUGAUAAGAAAAAAGGACGAGGUGCGUCAAAGUUGAAAAUGGUUAGUGGCCAAGACAAGUGCAAAGAGCUGGAGUGUAAUGAGUUUGGUCAGCCGAUUGGAGAUAAUUCAGUGAAGUACGCUUCUUUCCUAGGUUGCAUGAUAAAGGAAUUUGUGCCAUAUACAUUAGAUGGAUGGAGUGAUAUUGAUGAAGAAGUGAAAGAUAGGAUGUGGAGUUGCCUUCAGAUGACUUAUAAAGUUGAGGAUUGGGAAAAGAAAACAAUUUUUCAAAUUUGUUGGAGCAUAUAUGAUUAUAUGAUUGUAGAUUUAUACAUAAACAUAGUACGCGGAGCCUGCGUCGGCUCAGUUGCAUGCUCCGCCACCGGCUCCGCUACAUUCUCCGCCGGCGGCUCCGCUACAUGCUCCGUCGUCGUUUUUGCCUCCACAGCAGGCUCCGCCUAUGCUUAUGCCUCCGCAGCAAACACUUUGACUACUUUUACCUCCUUUAAUGCUUAUGCCUCCGCAACAAACACUUCAGCUGUUUUUACCUCGGACGCAGGCUCCUCACAAAAUACCUUACAAUCCAAGAUGGAUUAA